UCUAUUUUUAUCAUCCUUUUCUUUGAUAGAGGCGUCCUCGGGGCAGCAACACUUCGUCCGUCCCUAGUGGGCUGCUGCUCCUGCCGUACCUCCUGGAUCGAAGGCAGACGCGUCUCGUCUCCUCCGUCCUGCUAUCGCCGUGUCAGAUCCCCAGCCCUAGGCAUUCAUCACCGGCUGGUCCUGUUACGGUUCGCGUUUCCUCUGUCACCGUCCCUGUCAGUGUUGCACUGUUGCUUAGUGCUGCUGAGUGUUGCUCAGUGCGCCUCAGUGUUGCCGACAUGGCAUCCGUAACUCUGGGCAUGGCGGCCUGUGCUCCCGCGCUCCGCUGUAAGCCCACCUCGAGCGCCACGUGCGUCAGCAGCGGCGAAGCGCUGGCAGAAGCGCGGCUAGGCGCGCACAAAUCCGCCCUGAGAAUCCACAGCAGCGGGAAUGCCGCGGCCCAAUGGAACCCGCUUUCGUCGAGCAGAAGCAGAUCGGCAUGCAGAUUCGCGGCGCCGUGCAGCAGCCAAGGAGUGGCUAGUCGACGACGCGCGGCGUGGCGAGUACAGGCGUCCGCGUCGGAACCGCCGUCUGAUGCGAAGAGCGACGCGACUAGUGCCAGCAGCGAGAGCAGUGACAUCAGCAGCGGCGUGAGCACUCCUGGAGUCACAUCGGAACAAUACCAGAUGCUUCUGGAUCCGCGCGCGUCGGAGGGUGCGUGCGACCCGCUGUGUUCGAUCGACGAGAUGUCGUACGAGGAGUACGAGGAGGUGCAGGGCCAGGAGAAGAGCGACAACAUCAAGGCGCUCGUCCUCGCCGCCACCAUCGCCAUCGGCGCCGCCGCCAUCAACCUCGAAUGGGUCGAGGCGCACCAGGACAUCACGAUGUGGGCGGUGUUCGUGCUGGGGUACGCGGGCAUCAUCUUCGAGGAGUCGUUGGCGUUCAACAAGGCGGGCGUGGGGCUGCUCAUGGCCGUCGCGCUCUGGGUCAUCCGCGACGUCUGCGCCCCCGCGCAGGGCCUGGCGGUGGCGGAGCUGUCGCACCACUGCGGGGAGGUGGCGGAGAUCGUGUUCUUCCUGUGGGGCGCCAUGACGAUCGUGGAGAUCGUGGACGCGCACCAGGGCUUCAAGCUCGUGACGGACGCCAUCCAGACCAGGAACUCCAAGAAGCUGCUCUGGAUGGUGGGCGGCAUCACCUUUUUCUUGAGCUCCAUCCUGGACAACCUCACGUCCACCAUCGUGAUGGUGUCGCUGCUGCGCAAGCUCGUGCCCGACCCCGAGCGCCGCCGCUUCCUGGGAGCCGUGGUCGUCAUCGCCGCCAACUCGGGAGGCGCGUGGACGCCCAUCGGGGAUGUCACCACCACCAUGCUGUGGAUCCACGGCCAGAUCUCCACCGUCAAAACGAUCACGGACCUCUUCUUCCCCUCGCUGGUCUCCCUCGCCGUGCCACUCGCUCUCCUCUCCUUUGACAAGUCCCUGGUGGGUGACAGUGACAAGGCGGCGGCAGCCAAGUCGACAUUCGCCAACGAGGCCAUGGCGCCGCGAGGGCGGCUGGUGUUUGGCGUGGGCAUCGGGUCGCUCAUCUUCGUCCCUGUCUUCAAGGCGCUCACCGGCCUCCCGCCCUACCUGGGCAUGCUUGCAGGUCUGGGCGCGCUGUGGCUGCUGACGGACGCGAUCCACUACGGGGAGAGCGACCGGCAGCGGCUCAAGGUGCCGCAGGCGCUGUCGCGCAUUGACACGCAGGGCAUCCUCUUCUUCCUGGGCAUCCUGCUGUCCGUCGGCAGUCUGGAGGCGGCGGGCCUGCUGAAGGACCUGGCGGGGUGGCUGGACAGCAGCGUGGGCAGCGUGGAGCUGAUUGCAGGGACCAUCGGGCUGGCGUCUGCUGUCAUUGACAACGUGCCACUGGUGGCCGCCACCAUGGGCAUGUACGACUUGAGCACGUUCCCAGCGGAUGCGGAGCUAUGGCAGCUGAUCGCGUACUGUGCGGGCACGGGCGGGUCCAUCCUCAUCAUUGGGUCGGCGGCAGGCGUGGCGUACAUGGGCAUGGAGAAGACGGACUUCUUCUGGUACCUGCGCAAGGUGAGCGGAGUGGCGCUGGCAGGGUAUGUGGCGGGCAUGGCAACGUACCUGGCAGGGGCAUACGUCCCCAAUGACCUCUUUGCCACCACACUCGCUGCCCUGCCCCAACUGCCCCAACUGCCCUUCUAAGGUCAAGCUAGCAGUAAUCCAACCAACUCCCAUGUCUUCUCGUCGAUGAAUACUCACUGCCGUUCACUCCCAGUGGAUACUCCUGAGACAAGACCUAGACUUCAGGUUCAGGGGUACCGUACAUUGGUAGACAAGUACCGGACCUGUACGUUAUCAGAAAUCCGAUUUUCCGUUAUAGCGAAUCAUGAGAUGUUUUUCACUGGACACAGGUACGAGGGACAUGCAUAUGAGGUGGAUCUGGAUAGUUUGCUUUCUGGAGCAGUCAAAUGAAACUCUAAUGGUGGAGUAGCAUAUGCUGUGCAAGUGCAAUGCUCGUUGAUGCUCAAGGAUAAAAUGGAA